CCGCACAUGGUCGUGCCGCAGCCCGUGUACGCCAACAUGGCCGAGCUGCGUCAGAUGGCAGCACUGAAGGAGGAGGCCGCCGGCCCGCAGCCCGACGACGCGCCCAGCAACGCCCUGCCCACGCUGGACCGCUGGGAGAGCGACGGAUCCGGCUCCAGCGGCUACGGCAGCGUGCACGGUCCGGCGCACGCCCAGUCGGCAGACGCUUUGCCGCCGCCGCCCGAUUUUGUGUUAUACAACUUUUGUGAAGAGCCCGCCGCCAGCCAGGAGAGCAGGCGGCCCAUGUCGAUAGCAGUGCCUGCAGACGCAUCGGCGCCGCGCCACGGCGGCUUACGGCGCAGUCAGUCCCAGCUCAGCCGGCCGCCGCCGCCGCCGCCGGUACGGCGCGAGUCAGCAGCAGUGGACGCGGCCGAGCCGCGCUCGGGCGCCGUCUCCGAGGCAGUGCGCUCGCUGACCGAGGAGUAG